CAGGAAAAGUGGGGAAGACAUUAAGUGAAGCAGCAUGUAUCUUCAUUUCAACCAUUAAAGGCAUCUUUUCAAGGCUUUUGCAGCUCUCUUGAUUUAGCAGAACUGCUGUGAAACGUUUCCUGUCUUUUGAAGCAGCUACUCCAGGACGCGACAGAGCAAACACAAUUCAGAGAAUAAACUACAAUGAGGAAGGGAGGAGCUGCACUUUUGAAAACGAAAGCGUUUUUAUCUGGGGCCUACGAAGGGCAAAGCUUUAUCCAUCUGUUUUCAAAUUCAGGACAAAUUUACUUUCAGACUCCAUUUUUCGCCACAAAAAGACUUUUCAUUAUCCAAACUAAGUAACAUAAUCUGUGCUACUGACCCAGAUGAACCUCCUGGUGGCCGGCGGGGUGUCAACUUAGUAGCGAGUGGCCCGGAUGCAUCACACGCAGGCCACGCCCACCCCCGGCUCCGCAGAGGCAAAAAUGUUAUGAUACAUCAUGUGAUGUCCUGUGAUGCAAUCGAGUUUGACACCCCUUCUCUAAAAAAAUGCAAAUGACCAGCUGUCUGCAAGGAAUAUAAAUUCCCCACCAUCCAGUCAGAGCUGAAGCAGCUUCUUGAAUGAGAAGCAAAACGUCUUUAAAGAAAAAACAAGAACGUGUAGUUGCCACCUGAAAAAGCACCUUUGGGUUAUAACUCACUUCAUUUUCUUUACACAGGUCAGAUAUAAUCUAUCAUAACUGACAUGAACAACACUGUGAGAGAAGAACUUUACGAAGCAUUGAAUGACCUCCUUGAGAAACAAUUUAAAGAUUUUAAAUGGUGGCUAAAGAGUAUUGACCACAAUGGAAAGCGAAACAUUCCUACAGUUUCUUUGGAGACAGCUAAUCAGCAAGAAGUUGUAGAUCUUCUGAUUCAAUAUUAUGAAGAAGAGGCUCCAGAGGUGUGCAUUCGUGUCCUUAAAAAAAGCAAUAUAAAUGAUGUUGCUAGAAAACUUGAGGACACUUUACAGAAAGCUGCUGAUGCUCACCAAUUGCCAGAUUCAUCAGCUGCUGAUGCUCACCAAUUGCCAGAUUCAUCAGAUGCUGAUGCUCACCAACUGCCAGAUUCAUCAGAUUACAGAAGCUAUGUUAAAAAAAAAUUUCAAAUGAUUGAAGAUCCUAAUUCUACUCCUGGUGAAUAUGUGUCCCUAAAUAAGAGAUAUUCAGAGCUAAUCAUCCUAGAUGGUCAACUGUCUCAACUGGAAAGAAAAUAUGAAAUUCUGGCAAUAGGAAGGGUGCAUACUGAAAUCAGCAAGAGAACUGAGUCUUCAGCCAAGAUUGAAACAUUAUUUAACCCUAACUAUGGACUAAUUCCACAAACUGUUGUGUUGCAAGGAGCUGCAGGAAUUGGAAAAACUACAAUGGCAAAAAAAAUCAUGUUGAAUUGGGCUUCUCAAGAUUUUUACCCUGAUCGAUUUAAUUAUGUUUUUUAUAUUUAUUGUCGAGAGCUGAAUCUCCAUACAGAGUCAGAAAAGAGUAGCAUUGCAGAGAUAAUUUCAAAACAAUGUCCCAGCGGUUAUGCAGUAGAAAAUGUCAUUCAAAACAUACUGAAGAAUGAAAAGAAACUUCUAUUCAUAAUUGAUGGGUUUGAUGAAUUCAGGUAUUCCUUUGAUCAGUCCGAAAACUACUUUUGCAUUGAUCCCUGGAAAAAGGAGCCAGUGAGAAUUCUUUUGAAGAGUUUAUUUCAAAAAAAGCUUCUUCCUGAAUCCUCUCUUAUAAUCACAACAAGACCUAUUGCUUUGGAUACACUCCAUCAAUGUUUAGAAUAUCCACGUUUUUUUCAGAUAUUGGGGUUUUCUAGAGAGAAGAGGGAAGAAUAUUUCCAGAAUUUUUUUGGAAAAAAUAAAGACCAAGCAACUCAAGCUCUCAGAUUUGUGAAACAAAAUGAUACACUUUUCACCAUGUGUGUCAUUCCCCUUGUGAGCUGGAUCAUCUGCACAGUGAUGAAACAAGAGAUGGAGGAAGGUAUAGAUCUUCAGAAGACGCCAUGCACUCUCACUGCAAUCUAUAUGCUGUAUCUCUCCAGCUUGUUAAAGUUUCACCACAAAGAAGCCAAACAGAAUGUCCAAAGAAAGUUGAAAAGCUUCUGCUCUUUGGCUGCAGAAGGCAUCUGGGAACAGCAAAUACUGUUUAGGGAAGAAGACCUCAAGAAGCACAGUUUGGUUCAGGAUGACUUCUUUCCCCUCUUUCUGAAUCAGAACAUCUUCAAACAGGAUAUUCACCGUAUUCAAACCUUCAGUUUCAUUCACUUAAGCUUCCAAGAGUUUUUUGCUGCUUUGCUUUAUGUUCUAGAAGAUAAAAAGAAGUGGCAUUCUCAAAACCCAAAUAGUAAUUUGAAAACACUUUUACGUAGACAUAAUAUAUAUUUUGAGUCUGAUUUUGCAGUAGGAUUUCGCUUCCUUUUUGGUUUUCUAAAUGAAGAAAAUAGAAUGAAAAAUUUGAAAAAAGACUUUAGAUGUAUAAUUUCUCAGAGGAGUAAAGAGUUAUUAUUAGACUGGGUAAAAGAGAACAUUAACAGAAAAAUUUAUUCGCUCGACCUAAAUUGGAUCACACAAGAUAAUCAUAUGUUAUAUUUAUACAACUCCUUUCAUAUAAGAAUUCAUUUCUAUUUGGAAAAAGAAAUACUUAGUUAUUUAUAUGAGACACAAGAUGAGAAUUUUGUAAGAAAUGCGCUAUGUGCUAUCACUGAAAUAAAUUAUCACUGCCACUCAGAUAUGGAAUUGAUGAUCCUGGCCUAUUGUAUACAGCACUGCCAAAAUUUGGAGUAUCUCUAUGUUCGAAGCCCUACAUCUCUAUAUCAGGCAGAUAAUGGAUUAUUUUGUCCAAAAAAUGAAGUACCUUCACAUCUGGCUAAUUUACAAACGGACUGGAAGCCAUUUAUAGUGGAUGAAGAAUAUAUGGAACAUUUAUUAAAAUCUCUGACAAAGCUGAGAAACCUAAAAGUCCUGAGGUUUGAGAAUUUGCACUUUACACAGUCCUGCUGGAGGCAACUUAUUCAAAUCUUUGAUACAAACCAGAAGUUGAAGGAGUUAAAUUUAAUCUUUCAAGUCAUAAAUCACGAAACAAUGGAAUUGCUGUGUGAGGCGCUCCAACAUCCAUAUUGUAACGUAGAAACACUGGAGCUUAAUGGAAAGGCCAUGACCGGUUUCUGCAGCUGGAAUCUUACAGAAGUAUUCUGGAGAGACCAGAGAUUAAAAGAGUUAAAGUUGUAUCUCUAUAAUACAGAUAACACAACAGUGAAGAGCCUGUGUGAGGGGCUUCAACACCCAGACUGUAAAGUAGAAAAACUAUGGCUUAGUGGAGAGUUUGUUACUAAAUCCUGCAGCAGGCAUGUUGCAGACUUAUUCAGGAGAAGCCAGACAAUAAAAAAGUUAUGGUUGGUGUUAACGUAUCCAAAUCAGCCAACAUUCAAAAUGAUAUGUGAGGGGCUUCAAGAUCGAGACUGUAAAGUAGAAGAGCUCUGGCUUUUUGGAAAAUGCUUGAAUGAAUCUUGCAGCUGGCAUCUUGCAGAAGUACUCAGGAAAAACCAGAGAUUGACAAAGUUAUGGUUGUGGGUCCAAUCUUCAGAUUACAGAAUGGUGGAGAUCCUGUGUGCGGCGCUUCAACACCCACACUGUAAAAUGAAAAAAUUAUGUAUUCAUGAAGGAUUUCUGUCCACGUCAUCCAGCAGUGAUUUCUUAGGAGUACUUAAGAGAUUAACAGAAUUACAGUUAUUUCUCUACAGUCUAGAUGAAGAAGUAGAGGAAAUACUGUGUGAAGGACUCCAACAUCCAGACUGUAAAAUAGAAAAACUAAGGCUUGAGGGAGAGUUCUUGAAAGAAUCCUUCUGUGCAUCUUUUGCCAAAAUACUCAAGGAAGAAACAAGAUUGACAGAGUUGGAUUUAUUAUCCCAAAACACAAAUAACAGAGCAGUGCAAAUGUUAUGUGACGGGCUUAAACAUCCAAACUGUAAUAUAAUAAAAGUAGGACUUGGUGGAACGUUUCUGACUGAUUAUUUCAGCAGUUAUCUUUCAGAUGUAUUCAGGAAACAUCGGACAUUGAAAGAGUUAGAGUUGUUUCCCAUCAACAAUAUUAAUGAAGUAAUGGAAGUGCUUUGUAAAGGUCUCAAACAUCGAGACUGUAAAUUAAAAGUACUACGGGUUAAUGGAGAGUACUUAAAAGUACUCUGUGGGCACUCUUUGUCCUUUGGAAGACAGAUUGCAAAAAUUGCAAAGAUAAACCGGAACCUACAAGAAUUGUAUUUGCACGGUGACUGCAUUAGUGACUAUGAUACGAACCUGCUCUGUGAAGAACUAAAACACUCACGGCAUAACUUAAAGGAGCUAUGCUUGAAUGGAAAAUAUAUUAUACAAGAUGGAGAAUGGAUGGUCGUGGAGCAUACGACUACAGCCUCCUGAAUCCUUUUUCUUCAUGCUUGUUUGCUUGAUCUAUUUUUUUUUCUAUUAAGAAUAUGGUCAGGAAGAGUUGUAAUUUAAUAUAUUUCAAGUGAAAUUCUGAAGAACUCCUUUCUGCAACUAUAAUUUGAACUAAAGACUUUUCUCUCUUUGCAACUGAAAAAUGCUACAAGAAUAAGCACACAAACUUUUUCAUGGAAAUAUGGACAAUACAUCAUUUUUUUAACAUUGUGAAAUAUCCUCCUUUGAAAUCUGAAUAAGGGAAGGAAAUAUUGAUUGAUUGAUUGAUUGAUUAGAUGCCAUUAACAACUACUAGUGACCACGUAGAUUGAAACUAUUUUGUUUGCAAUCAAAGAGAAUAUUUAUAGCUCAGGGUUAAACUGUGGAGUCCUUGUGAUCUCUGUGGUUGGUUGUUUACUUGCAGAUGUUUCGGCAUCUAGCACUGAAGAUGCUACCUAGUUAAGUAAUGAAAUGUCUGCCAAAAAAAUCAAGUUCAAAGAGCUCCAAGGACUCCACUUUCCUGAUUUAUAUGAUUUAUCAUAUAGCCAUAGAGACAUCUAACACUCACAAGAAUUUAUUCAAAUUAGUAAAAUGAACUAUAAACAAUCUUAUAUAUUCUUAUAUACAUUGUAAUUGUUUGUAAUUUUUUCACAUUAUUACUGUCAAAUUACUGUCACAUUAUUACUGUCAUAUCUGUGUUGUAAUGGAUCAAUAGAGUAACACGUUUUAUUUUAAGAGAAUAAAGAGAAGUAUG